AUGGGGUCUUCCCCGCAAACUCGGAACUCUGGCCAAGACCGCCAGCAACAAGAUGUUAAUUUUGGCUCCCAAGACCCUUCUGACUUGAUCAGUCAUACGGAAUUGUCAAGUACUGAAAGCGACACGGAUUUCGAGAGCGAUGACACCGCGAUCUUCGAAAGCAGCUCCCAGCGGACGAGGAUAUUGGAGUCCGCACCGCUAAUAACCACUCACCGACGAUUGACCUCCGCCGACCAAGGCGAUGACGAUCAUGACGGCGUGCUCGGGCCCGUCGAGGUCGAGGAGAAACCAGUGACUUGGAGCUCGCUACCGAAAAAGGGCCAGUUAGCAAUCUUGACCUUAGCGCGACUUUCAGAGCCCUUGACGCAGACUUCUCUGCAGGCAUACAUGUUUUAUCAACUCAAAUCGUUUGAUCCAUCUUUACCAGACUCGAAGAUUUCCGUGCAGGCGGGUAUCCUCCAGGGUAGCUUUACAGCCGCGCAAUUUAUCACCGCUGUCUGGUGGGGCCGUCUUGCUGAUGCUGAAUGGAUGGGACGGAAGAGAGUGCUGUUGAUCGGAUUGAUGGGCACUUGUCUGUCUUGUGUAGGCUUUGGAUUCUCUCGAUCUUUUGCGACUGCCAUGGUGUUUCGCACACUGGGCGGGAUCCUGAACAGCAAUGUGGGAGUGAUGCGAACGCUCAUUGCAGAGAUUAUUUCUGAGAAGAAAGAUAAUGAAUCCAUUUACACAGACGAUAGCGUCGGAACUUGGUCUACGCCAUCAAGUCCCGCCCGCUCUCGCGCGCCUCCACGGCCACAUAAAAAAAUAGGGUUCCGCCAGAUAUGGACACGCAACGUUGUGUUGACUUUGGUGACUCAGUUCCUGCUCGCCUUCCAUACAAGUGCCUUCAACUCCAUGGCGUUUGUGUUCUUGCCCGCACCGCGUGCCCCAGAGAACUCCCGGCAAGGGUUUUUCCACUUCGGGGGUGGUCUUGGGCUUCCAUCAUCCCGAGUUGGGCUUGCUACAGCUAUUAUUGGUUUCAUCGGUCUGCCACUCCAGAUCUUCGUUUAUCCACGGGUACAGACAAAGCUCGGCACGCUCACAUCGUUUCGAACUUUCCUUCCAUUUUCGCCUAUUGCAUACGUGCUGAUGCCGUUCCUUGUGAUUCUUCCACGCGUACCAUGGAUCGUUUGGCCUUCUUUCACGUUUGUGGUAACCUUGCAGGUUAUCUCAAGGACAUUCAUCCUGCCCGCUUCUAUUAUCUUGGUAAACAACUGUGUCACGGAUUCGUCUAUCCUAGGUACAGUCCAUGGAGUGUCGCAGAGUGUCUCCAGUGGAGCUCGGACCUUGGGCCCAUUUUUAGGUGGCUGGGGGCUCGGAUUGGGUCUUGAGAAUAACAUGGUUGGGGCUGUGUGGUGGGCAUUGGCGGUUGAGUCUUUGCUUGGUUGGCUUAUGCUGUGGAGGAUUUCUGAGGGCAAGGGAAUCGAACAAAAGAAAGAUGCGCCAGAGGAUGAGGAAUAA